AUGGCAACCUUUCUCAAUUCUCCGAACACACCCGCCGUCGCACAUACAUUUUAUCAUGACGAUAAUGUUUCUCGAAGCCACAAGGCAAACCUCUCUGGAGCGACCAUGUUGGAUCUGUUGAGUGGUCCUGAAGGUUCGAUUGCCGCAGCCUACGAGUCUUCUAGUUUGCACCAACGGACUCCAAAAUCGAGACGGCCUUCUCAAGCAUCAAUCACUAAAUCCCAAUUGCGCCAGACGAAUAGGACAUUGGUUGAAAUCAUUCACAGCGUCCAGGCUGAGUUGGCGACUCAGAGAGAAGCAAUGCUCGAUAUGCAGGCGCGAAUUGUUCAGCUCGAAAGCACGUCGCAAAUCAAGAUCCAAGACUUUGCGCCGCGCCACACAAUUGCUGGACACCGCAAGCGGUCUCAGAUCAGAAGCAAAGAAGGUGCUACCCGCGAAACACAAAGAAGCUGGGAUGCAUUCCAGAAGGAUGCUGAUAUGCUUGGUCCCCCCAUUAUCGCGAAUGAAUUCUGGAAGUCACCCAGUCGAUUCUCUGGUUUCAACUUCAACUUCGACCUGCUCGAGACAAUACCAAAAUCGUCACAUCCUCUUCCAGAUGUGGAUGAUGUUCCGGAUCUCACACCGGACGAGCAGCCACAAGCCUAUACGCCAGGACAGCGCCGGAUUCCUCCUAGGAUCACCCGCAUCAGGACAGCAGAUCCCACCACUAUGUAUCACGAUGCCGUGAGCGAUAUCAGAGAGCACGUCAUCGAGUUCGACAAGAUCAAGGUACCUAUGCCACCGAAACUCCAAACCCCGCCACGAAGUGCGCGCAGCAGGUUGGCAUCGAUGCACAGCCCGGACGAUGAGAUCACGGCAUUGCCGCAGAUUCCACUGGUACCAGCAGCACCCACGCACAGCUCACAUCGCAGUAUUAUGAGUAUCAAGAGUCUGCUCCUGUACAGAACCUCUUCGAAAAGUCAUAAAGCCGAUUACGCUCAAUCUGAUCAUCGCCGUUCAGGCUCGUCUAUGCGCUGCUGA